CUCUCCUCCUUAAUCACAACUCAGAAGACACCCACAUUUCUGUGCUCCUCCCUCGCGUCUCUCACGCUCCUCUCUCCCGUGAUACACCGCACAGGCUGCCUCCCGCCAUUGCGCACGCACAAACACCACACGCCGCCCCGCGCUUGCACAGAGGAAGAAUCACCGCAAACGCCGCCGUUUCCUCCUCUUCUCAGUCAAGUCGUCGUUCGCUUCUGAGGUGCGCCGCUGUCUGCUUCUCGUGACCGUCACGCCGCGUUCUCCUCUCGUCUCAGUCGCGUCUCAGUCACGCCGCGUCCUCCUCUCAUCUCAGUCACGCCGAGUCUUCGUCGCCUCAAUCACGUCGCCGUGCUACUCGCCGCAGUCCUCGUCGUCUCGUCCCUCAGUCACGCCGUGUCUUUCUUCUUAGGGGCUUUGACAGAGAGAAAGGCAGUGUCUGCUAAAUGGGUUGUUAUCUUCGAUAUGGCAGACAUGGAGUUAAUCAGCUCCUUAGAUUUAGAGAUGCUAGUUAUGAUAGUGCUGCGGUAAAUCCAAUCUUGUAUGCUUCUCAAGGACUUCGAUACACGAGGAAGCUCCAAGUCAUCCUCACCUCUGACGUAGAUAAGCUGGGAAAGGGUGGUGAUACUGUCAAAGUCGCCCCAGGAUAUUUUCGCAACCACCUAAUGCCAAAGCUCCUUGCUGUCCCUAAUAUUGACAAGUUUGCUCAUCUCAUAAGCGAGCAGCGCAAGAUCUGUCAGCCAAUUGAAGGAGAAGAAGAACAAAAGAAUGUUGUAGUAAUUAAAGAGUCAAAGAAAGAUAUGAUGAAAGAGUAUGAAAGGGCUGCGCUUCGUCUUGAUAAAGCUAAGCUGGUCUUACGGCGUUUAAUUGAUGUUCAAAAAGCAAAGGCUCGUGCAUCAAAAGAUGACCCUUUGGAGUUACGCUCACCUGUGACAAAAGAUGCUCUUGUGGCUGAGGUGGCAAGACAACUAUGUGUGAACAUUGCACCUGAAAACCUGCAUCUCCCCGUGCCUUUAGCAACACUCGGAGAAUAUGAGGUGCCGCUGCGUUUACCAAGGUCCAUUCCUUUGCCGGAGGGCAAGCUUAAUUGGACUUUGAAAGUUAAAAUUAGAAGUAGAUAAGUUAUUAGGCUUGUUGAAUCUGAGUAAUAAGUCUUGACAGUUUUGGUGUAUGAUGAUUGAUUGAACACCCUGGGAGCACGUAUUGAGAUUAAUUCAUCAUUUAUAUCGAGCAUCACAUGGUUAUGUUCAAAACCAAUUUGAGAGGAUGACAAAUCUUUUAUUUAAACUGCAGAUACUUUUUCAACCA